GUCGGUGGACGGAGGUGCAUACACAUACACACACACACACACACACACACACAUCGCAAGUGCCAUGUCGAUGCAGCGAUGGAAGCCACAGCCACAGCCAGAGGAGCAGAAGCUUCACUUGCAGCGGCAACAACAGCAGCGGCGGCAAAAAGACGACAACUCUCCAGUGGAGGAAGCGCUUCCGAUUGAAGAUGUCAAGGAGGAGGAGCGCAUCUGCGUCACGGCCAAGUUGCAGGUUGACAAUGCCAGCAGGGUACCGCGGUGCUUGCUGCGCGCUGUCGACAAGCAAUCCCCGCUGAAGCAGAACGACAUUGUGGAGAUGCGACAGCCCGACAAUCAGGAAUCCUGCACCAUCUAUGUGCGCAUCCACAGCGUCGAUGGCAUGCCAAGGGGCUCACCAAAAGGAUCACACCAGCUCUGCUUUCCCCGCGACUUCUUAACCAACUUUCGACUGCGCGGCAACGAGGACGUUAUCUUGACCAAAGUGACGGAUCUGGCACCAGUCACUGCGUCAUUUGUCGAAGUCACCUUCAAACGCCGGUAUGCUGGCCGGUUUGACCUGUGGCGCUUCAAGGAGUGUCUGAGCUUCCAGUGCGUGCAAGUGAACGAAGGCAUUGCUUUUGGCGGCGUCAUUGCCACCGUCACCGAAAUCUGGCUCAGCGACAAUCGCAAGUCGUACAGUGCGUACAUUGACUGGAACACUCGCAUCCUGCUUCGUUCAAGUUCCGUCAAAAUGUGCAUCGUCCUCCCAAUCACAAGCGAGAUGAACGACUAUCACUCUGACGGCAACACGUACUUUGAGGCGUGCAUCAGCUUCCUUGAGGAGCUGUUUGCGCGCUGGGCGCAGGGUGAUGUAUGCCACCUCGUCACUAUCCUCCUCGCCACUCGCAUCUGGUAUCCGGACAUACACACACGUGACGACAUUCCACAGGACGAGCAAGAUGCGUACCAGCAGGCAUCCGACGGCCGCUGGUAUCGUGAUUUCUUCCAGGUCGUCUGCCAAGAACUCGUCUUUCGAGCACAACUGCAGACAUCUGUGCUGAUGACGAUCAAGCACGACGCGACCAUGUUCCUUCAACGCAUCGGCGUCGAUCCGGACCGCUGUGACCCGCGCGUUGGGCGGCAGGUUGUGUGCCGGAGCGGCGAAGCGAACACGUUUGAGGCGCUGCAUCUUGUGCUCAAAUCGUACGAGGAGCAUUUCAUCGACCGAAGAUUCGACAGGACGGGCCUGUCGCUGAUGGUGGUGACGGCGGGAACCGGUGUUGUGAAGACAACGCGAGCGCUGUACAAGAUUGUUGAAGAGCACGUGCAGGACGAAGGCGUCGGCAUUGAUUGGAUAUGCAUGUCGGCACCGUUGUGUCUCAACACACCGCUCAUCUAUUACGAUAAGGAGAACGACGACAGCACAUCCACGUCCUCUCCGCAAUGCACGCAAGUUGGCGACGCCACCUUCCAGUACGAGCAGCCCGAAUGGAUCCACCACUGCCUGUAUUCGCCAACAACGAAGACACUGCAUGAAGCAGGUCCACAGACGCUGCACAUGGACGAAGCAAUCUUCCCCCGCUUUCUGCACGUUGCCCGCACGUCUCCAAACGCAGACUCCUUUCACCUCCCGCCCAUGCAGGCGGAGGAUGUGCAUGGAAUGGACGUUGGUGACCUUGCGGAUCCGUUUCGUGGCGUGAAUGCAUCGCCAUCACAGCCUCCAUCUGGGUCACAACGGAACUUCUCACCACCGCUGCCAUCGCUACCAGCCUUGGACGAGCACCUGGAGCACGCAGAUUGGAGCCUUGACCACGCGUCGGUCAACGGCAACGCCAUUGAUGAUGACGACGCCAGUGACCAGCAUCAAAAUCAUCAUCGUCAUCAUCACCAUCAUCAAGACGACAACUAUCACCACCACCGCCACCGCCACCACCAUCAGCAGCAACAGCAACAGCAACAGGCGCUGCCAGCGGCACGAACGCCAACGCUGGAUGAGCUGGAGAAGUACGAUGACGAGUGCUGGCUCCGCUACGACCCCAUCUCGCCCGAGUGUGCACCACCGCAGGAGCCCACGGUGUUUCUGCCGCCGCGCGAACCUGUUGACGUUGCGGAUGUGCGGCACCCUCGUCCACCCGACUUUCCCGACACUCUUUAUCCGGGCAAAUCGCUGUUUGUGUUUCGCAGAGAGCGUGGCGAGCAGCUUCCAGCUCGGCGCCACAGCUGCCCGCCACGAAUCGGGUGGGGCCAGCGCACGACGCUGCAGGAUCAGCUGGACCCGUACGGGCGCAUCAUCCGUGUGUACCGCUGGCACCGCGAGCAGAAACACAUUCGCGUUCGCGCAGCCAUCCCAGACCGCAUUCUCCGCAGCCUGCCUUGCUCGCCAACGCAAAAGCGAAAAGAACAUGCAAAGCGCCAGGCCAAGUUUGAUGCGUUCCUGCCCUCUCGUGCAACAUGGUUGACGCGUCGCCUGCGCGCCCUGCAGGACCCGACACCACAUUCUCUUCGUCAGCCGCGCGUGCUCAUGCCGUUUGCGGAGCGCUUUCGACAAAAGCCAUCAAUUGAGAUGUUACGGCGAUGGCAGCACGCGUUUGCGCCCGUUCACCACGACACACUCACCCCUUACGGCCCAUUAUGGAAAAGUCUCGUGACACCCGCGUGCUUGCCACUCUCCACCUCAUUCGCACCAUCUGAGUGCUCAACUGGCUGGGUGGAGUUUUCAAAUUACAACUUCUGCUUCCGAGAUGCAGAGUCCGGCCUUGAAGAGCAAGAGCCUGUGAUGCUUGUGUUUGGGCUGCUGCUGAUGCUUGGUGCGCAGUACCUUGAGGAUGAUUUGCUGAAGAUCCGUGAGCUCGGCCUGUUUUCCAUGAGCAUGAAGGCAAAGACUGCAAGCGCACAGGCAGAGGACAGCAGCAACAGCAGCAGCAAUGGUAAACGGGAGGGAAAUGGAAGCAGCAAUGGAAAUGGGAAUGACGAUCAGGAACAACUUGAGGAGAAGGAGGAACAGGAACAACAGGCCAAAGCCACGCGUCCUCGCAUGUUCUGGAUGUCUCGCUUCAUCCAAAACACAUUCCGCUCAAAGAAGAAGGAGCCAAAGACCAACAGCGGCAGUGCGCAGGCGGAUGCAGCAAAGAAGAAAUCUGAAGACGAGAAAGAGGCAGCAGUGGAGGAAGAGCCUGAGGAGCGUCUCAUGACGAUGCGGCUGUUCAACAGCCACUUCAACAUCACCCGCAAGCGCGGCACUGUGCACGUGUACCCUUCCCGCCAAGAGCACGUGUCUGAGUUGGCCAGGUUGCCCGAUACCCCAUACGUAUUUGGAAUCAUUCCAUUCCGACGCCAACAAGUGUACACGGUGAGGACCCACAUCUCGCGGCCAGCGUCCGUCAUCCAACGGUCCUUGCGCGGCAGUGCUUGGUACGCGCUGCUGAAGCUGCUGCAGCAACCGCUUUCCAUCUUGAAGCCACCCACCCAGGCAGACAUCAACACGUGUCAGUUCUGGCGCGCACGAUACGCCUUUACGCCACUUCACGUUUCCGCCAAUCCCCAGCUGCUGUUUCGGAAGCUGAAUUUCACUCUCAAGCGCUACAAGACGGACGUUCCAUCCGUGGAUUCUGUCACCGGUGACGCGGAGCACACACCAUCGGACCUGCGCAUCACCGACUUGGUCGACGUCGAGCUGUUGAAGGACGAGCAGGAGAUGCACAACAGUCAAAUCCUGUCGAAUGCCACGUGGCUUAACAUGACCACAGAUGAGACGAGCCGUCGUGAGUGGGCGGUUCUCUACUACGACCGGUGCUAUCACCCAUCUCGCGCGUUUCAUAUGGAAGUGCAGUGGUUUGUUGCCACGGGCGCCUUUGUCUCGGAAUUCAUCAAGAUUUGUCGUGCUGGACUGCCCUUGCAUCCUGGGAUGGGUAAAGCGUAUGCGCUGUACAAGAUGGGCGUGGACCAGCUCUCCCACGAGCGGUGCAACAAGAAUCCGUUUCGUGUCCCGCGUUGUCUGGAGCUCGCAUGGACGCCGGCAGCGACCACUGCGACUGCCGCAGUGGCAGAAGCGACGCCAACGCCAGCGGGCAUGGUUGCAACGGACCUGGAGACAGCGUCAGCCACAGCCACAGCCACGGCACACCCACGCUCAUCUUCGUCCUCAUCGCUGAGCAGACUACACACGCCAGGCACAGAUGCCGCUGAGCUGCGAGUUCUCUUCCUUACGCGUGUUGUGCGGUCGCUUGGAUUCUUGCUGGACAUGAACACUGCGGAAGAGACGCCUGAUGAGCGGGAAGCGAGCGAGUCACCCCGCCUGAAUCCUCCCUAUCGCAAGACACAAUUCGUCCACUCCUCAGGCUGCGCGAUCAUGCAGCUUCCCACCACGGGGUGGUUCCUUGUGUAUCAUGCCAACUUGCACGGCAAUGACGGCAACAUGAGGCUGCCUGACCGGGAUGUGCAUCUGCUCGCGUCAGAGGAUGCGGACGUGUUGGCCAGUGUUCUUCAGUUGUGCAACGACGCGGCGGCGCUUGAGAAGCUGUGGCUGGAUGUCGUUCAGGAACACCAGCAGCGACAGCAGCAGCGCCAAGCACGGCAGCAAGAACAGCAAGAACAGCAGCAACAGGAGCAACAACAGCUGCCGUUGCAGCCGUACUCCUAGGCCACAACACCCCCAUCCCCCACCGCACACACACUCUCUCGCUCUCUGUUUAACUUGUGUUUGAGUGGUUGAUUUAUUGUAGACUGCCCGUGAGUGCUGGC